CUUCAUCAUCAAUAUCUUAAUUAAUCAGACGUUUAGAAAUCCAAGUCUGUUUAAAAAACAAGUAAAACCCUACUUCGCAGCCUCUCUCCAUCACUCUUCCUAUAUAUUUAUUUUUUUUUGGUUUUGUAUAUGCUGUUUGGUUUUCUAUCAACCAUGACCACCGUACCAAUGUCCCUUGCAUACUCUUCUUUAGCCCUCUCCAACCAAGCCAUAACAGCAGAUCCAUGGCCAUGCCCCUUAGUUCUGUACUAAGUUUUUAUCGGGAAAAGUCAACAAAAGAAGAAAGAACUCUAGGGUUUUUAUUCUUCUUCUUUCUUUCUUUCUUUUUUUCCUUUUCUUUUGUAGAGAUAAAGAUAUGAUUAUGGGUGGUGGAGAAAAGAGCCUAAAGAACUUCCACCUCCACCUGCCGAAUCUUCAUCAUCACCAUCACAAGAAGCAGGCGAGAGAUGUUCCGAAAGGGUGUUUGGCUAUCAAGGUGGGCCAGGGAGAGGAGCAGCAGAGAUUUGUGGUGCCUGUCAUAUACUUCAAUCACCCGCUGUUCAUACAGUUAUUGAAGGAAGCAGAAGAAGAAUAUGGUUUUGAUCAAAAAGGCACCAUCACUAUCCCUUGUCAUGUGGAGGAGUUUAGGUGCGUCCAAGGCAUGAUUGACAAGGAAAAGUCCAUCCAUCAUCACCAUGUUGGAUGUUUUAGGGUUUGAUAUGUAUAUCAUGAAAAGAUCGUGGCGGGUUGUGGUGCCAAACAGGCCUAACCCCAUGAAUUAGGUCCAGUCUUUUUAUUCGGAUGUCUAGAGUUAGGACUUCCUUUUUUAAGGUUUUUUUUUCUUUCUUUCUGGUUCUUGAUAGACCUUGAUGGUUGGACGAUGAGGAAAUUUUGAUGGUGCUGAUAAAGAUGAUGUGUGAUCAUGACGAGGACAAAAUGAUGUUGCGAUUGUAUAAUUGAUUUCGUUUCUUUUCUGUUAGGAACCAAAAUGUGCGAUCGAAAAAGCAGAAGUAAAUGCUUUUCUUUUCUUUUC